AUGCAAGACAUGCCUAUGCAAGACACAACGAAGAAGGGCGCCUCAAAAACCCAGACCAGGAGUGAUAUAGGAAAACAGGACGACAGCGGACUGGGCCCCAAUCAGCUCUUGGGAGAACACAUGGAUGCCACCGGUAACCCUGUCGCCGAUUCCACCUGGGGUACCAAACAUAAGAAGCCCACCGAUGUGCUCGACGAUGAGGCAGACCUCUACAGCGCCAUGAAUGCUGAAACUGCCGACUUUGACUAG